AUGGGUGCCGGAGAGCAGCCGAAUGGCUCGAUGCAGAAGGCCGGAUGUGGGAGAUGUGUCUGCUUUGCCGUGAGGGCCUUGUUUUGGGGCGUCAUGAUGCUGGCGGCGUUCGGCAUCGUGUCCAUGUUUGCCACAAACAUCAGCUUUCACGAGAGGACGCACAGGACAACCAGGCUCCUCGUCCUGGCUGACAGUUUCUGGAAAGCUGGCUUCUAUAGUGUCUCCAUCCUCGGAGUGUUGACGGUGCUCUCUGCCCUGGUCCACGGCAAAAACUCCACAGAGGAUAGCGUCAAGGACUUCUGGCAGGGGACGUGGUUGGUCGAUCGGAAGAGCUUGCAGCAGCGGGGGUUCAUCAUCCAGCCUUUAGGUCUCUAUUUCCUGGGUGGCUUCCUCUUCAUUACGCAGGUGGUCCUAGAGGAGAAGAUCAUACCGGGAACUGAGUUGGUAUCGCAGAAGUCGGAACGGGGACAUAAACGUUUUGGACGUCGCCACGUUCUUGGUGACGACAUCGAGCCCGAGCACAGGUGUUUCUUCCUGGAGCAGGUAGACGGCAAGGUUGCUGCUGAUCUCCCCGACACCCACUGGGGGACUCCGCCCUACGCGAAGCUGCGGCAGUUCAUGUUCAGCGGAAGGAGUGGCCAGGAGACACUGGAGCAGGCACAGAUCAACCACUACACCAAGUCCGAUCGAAGCGUGCUCUCCUACCUGGAUGCCCUGUGGGGUGAGCACAUGCGCAGGAUACCACCUUCGCAGCUGUCUUCAUGCUAUUAUGCCGAGGAUACUAUCAUCUCAUUUGCACUGAACCUCCCCACCGAUGAUUUCAACGUAAAAUCGCUGCUGAAUGUCAGCAGCACGAACAGCAGCCGCCCAGAAAAUUUCAAAUUUGCACCGGCUUACCUUGGCGCCGACGGUUGGCCCUGGAAUCGGCGCAUUCUCUUUGCCAAAGAUUACAUGACGGCUUGCCUGUACGUGUGCUACAGCUGGGCGGACGGCUCUGCGGUUGCGAAGCUUUUGGAGUGCGGCAUGGUCAUCGGUGGCGGCCUGACAAUUGUGCUGAUUGCAAACGCAAUAGGACAUCAAUUGGGCAGCUUGCUCAUCACGCACUCCACGCAGCCAAACGAGCUGGUGCAGGCCAUGUUGAGAGACUUCCGGGUGCUUUGGUACGCUCGGCGCGCGAUGAUCCAGUUCUCCUGUCCGGGUGGACUCAAGCACCUGAAGCUCGAGAAUGACCCCGAGCUCAAGAAGCUGGAAGACACCUUCCGGAUGUUCACGCGGCUCGCGUGGCAGGCGCUGGGGUGGAUCUUCCUGAAGCUCGCGCUUGCCACCGUUUUGGUUUUCAAGAUUUAUCGGCCGCUGGCCAUCCGCUACACUGACUCGCUGGCUGAUCGGGCACUCCUGAGGUGCUUACUGUAUCUCAGCGUCUUCAACCUUGCCCUUCGAUCGGUUCUGUGCUUCACGAAGAAGGUUUGGAGCGAAGGAGAAGACGACAGUUUCUACCACCAAAGCCCAGCUGCACUCGCUUUGCCUCUGGAUGCACCACAAGCUCGCGCGUCGAGUUCUGACUCUGAGCGAACAGGCAUGGUCACCUACGACCUCUACGAGUGGAUAUCGCUCAGUGGAGACGAGGUCAUAAGCCUCCUCUUCAGCUACACCAAGCAGAUCGGGACGGAGGACUUGUUGGAGCCAUACCAGCAAAUCAAGGUGAACCCGGCUCGGACGGUGCAUUUGGAUGGCCUUAGAUUUGGCUUCUGCAUUGGGCGCAACGCCACGGGGGAGAUCCUCUCGGACAAGCACGGGGCUCUUUGGGCAGGUGCGCAGGUCCAGGUCGAGUUCGACAGGGACGAUGUGCAUUGUACAAAGGAGGAUCCACGGGUCAAGCAACUCACCGGCAAAGAAGAUCGGGAAGAUGAAAAGGCACAGGUUCUGCAAAAGAAGGUGAUUGUGAACCUUGACCCCGUCGACCUCAUCCGAGUGCAGGCAGAGGAGAUCUUCACGGAGGAAAAGUUCCGCCAGUGGCUGAACGCCAAGGUGGACAAGAAGGUGAACGACAAGGGGGAUCCGCUUGUGCCGCAAUCGGCUUGA